CUGUCAAACAUAGAGAACAAGUUCUUGUACGCUCUCAGCUCCAACCAAGCCUGGGCUGGUUACAAGUCGCACCAGAAUCCGGCCUUCUUCAAGAACCUGGCAUCUGGCCAGUCUCCCUCAAUCUUGUGGUUAGGAUGCUCUGAUUCUCGAGUUCCCGAGACGACAAUUCUCGGUCUGCAACCCGGCGAUGUGUUUGUUCAUCGCAACAUCGCCAACAUUGUCGCACCGACGGACAUCAACACCUCAGCCGUCAUCGAGUAUGCCGUCGCUCACCUCAAAGUCAAGCACGUCGUCUUGUGCGGCCACUCGGCCUGCGGAGGUGCCAAGGCCGCACUGGGUGACUCGCGCGUAGGCGGAGUACUCGACACCUGGUUGGUGCCCCUGAAGGCGGUUCGGGCGCAGAAUGCCGAGGAGCUCGCGUCCAUCAAGAACGAUGACACGCGGGCCGUUCGUAUUGCGGAGAUGAACGUCGAGGCAGGUGUGAAUGUUCUGAUGGCCAACUUCGCCAUCCAGGAAGCCAUCCAAGAGCGCGGCCUCACCGUCCACGGUUGCCUGUUUGAUAUUGCCAGCGGUCGCAUCAGGGACUUGGGAUUCGGCACCAACAAAUCGGGAGGUUCUCGGAGCAUCAUCACCCACGGUGACGAGGAAAUCGUUCGUGGCAAGCACGCGCAGCUGGUGUUCCGUGAUGGAGGGGAUGCUUCCAUGCGAGUUCAGUGA